UGGUUGCUUUGCUAACCAAGGACGUUGAGUUCGAAUACUAGUUUUUGUUCGAAAGAGUGUAUAUCAGGUUGCAGGAUCACGCAUUCGCCUGGAAGAGCGGAGAGACUUGUUUAUUCUACUGAAGUUUGUUUGUAAACCUUAGCUUCAACAGCGCUAUCUCCGCUGGAUUAGGCACAAUGGGAAAUUACGCGGAAGAAUUAAAUGAUGUACAGAAAGAAGCCCUAAAACAGUUUAAAAAGAAUCUUGGGAACGACCUUAAGCCAGAGGAUAACGAUAUCAUUCUUCUUAGGUGGCUAAGAGCAAAAAAUUUCAAUUUGAAGAAAGCAGAAAGGUUGUAUAGAGAAAACUUAUACGCCCGUGCUGUUCAUUUAGUGGAUGAUUACGUCGAUCAUUACAUGAAACCUGAGAUUUGCCAAAAGUAUGAGUUUGCCGCUCAUUUAGGGUAUGCAAAGGACGGAACCCCCGUUAGUUACAUUGCAAUGGGAAGAGGAGACAUAAGAGGUUUCGUUAUGUCAUUGCAUUCAUUUGACUUGUCAAAGUAUUGUAGCUUAGUGAUUGAAUCUGAUCUUAAGAAAGUACGAGAACAAAGAAAAAAGACUGGCAGAGAGAUAAAUGAAAUUUUAUACAUCGUAGAUAUGGAAAAUUUGUCCUUGAGAGAAUGUUGUCACACUUGCGUAAUUGAAAUGGGAUUAGACAAUUUUAGAAUGUUGCAAGAACACUAUCCAGAAAUUUGGAAGUAUGUCAUCAUAGUCAAUGCACCUUCCUACUUUUAUGCUGCAUUUAAUCUGUUCCGUCCUAUAUUUGGGAAUACUUUCAUGCAAAAUUUCCACGUAGUGUCCAGAGAGGCUACUCCGGAGUUGCUACUGAAGUACAUCGAUGAAGAUGUUCUGCCUGCAUUUUUAGGUGGAAAAAAAGUAGAUUCCAAUGGAGAUCCCAUGUGUUCAGAAUUUUUGAAAUUCGGUGGUCCUGUCCCCGAGAAGUACUACCUCCGAAACCGCUGUCCGUUGCAAGAAACUGAUCCCGGGGCUGAGAGCUUCUUCCUGCUUCAACGGGGCUUCUACAACUACCCCUUGGUAGUGCGAGAGGCAAAUUCUAUUCAGACCAUCGAGCUUCGAUUUGAGGGAGGAUCUGUCACCACAGUAUUGCUGUACAAGCCAUUCGGAAACGACAUGGAGAACAUAGACAUUCCCCCUCGUGACGAGUACAUCAAUGAGCAUAGCGAGUCCUGUGAGUUCCGGCAAGUUAGCCCCAAACAGAAGCUGCAGGCCCACCUUGCUCCCAUUGAUAACUUCGUGUUGGCCCCCUGGCCGGGAAUAUAUGUUUGGAAAUUCGAUAACAGCUGCAACUGGCUCACUUCUAGAAAAGUCAUUUGCCGUUUCAAAGUUUUGCCGCCAGGGACGCCCCUUGCUUCGAAAUACAACAUGCUGGGAUUCACCGGACUCUCGCGAGACACCACUUCUAAACCAUAAAAUCAGAACCUUUCAGUAUCUUUUAAACUCAGAGAACUUUCUAGUAGCAUCUGUGAUGCUUCAGAAUGCCAACAAAUGCAGUAUUUCGAUUGAAUCUGAGUAUAGUGUGUCUCUGAUACGUUGAAGCCUGGCCUUGACUGUAUUUAUUUCUUUUUGAAGAGUGCAAUGAAAAGGAGCCUCGGUAUUAGCGAGUAUUUGAGAGAAAUAUUUUUACUAAACUAUUACGAAAGUAAUCCAGUGCCAAUCAUUCAUCCCUAGUACCUCCAAAAGAAGGACACAUUGUCAAGGUCAAGCUUCAAAUUAUUGGAACCACACUACAACACUGCAAAUAUGAAUGCAUAAACAUAGUAAGUAAUAUGAGAAGUAAACUGACUAAUUAAUUAAAAAAGUACCAUUUGCAACGUGUGUAAAAGCGCAAAUAAAAAUGUUGGGAAAAAACACAAAAUUUUGCAAACAGUCUAACGUGGAAAGUAUCUUCAUAGGUAAAAACAAAUGGGGGGGGGGGGGACAGCUUUAAAAAAAAAAACGAAAACGAACUUCUUUCGAGUUUGUAAUCUUAACAGGGGCGACCUGAACUAAAAUUUUUAGGAGGGCGAAAAUUCUCAAUUUGCCGAAUGGAACUCCAAAAUUUUGCCGAAUCGUCUGACAAAAUUUGCCGAAUAAGAAAACUUUUGGACGGUCACAGUGACCUCCUGUGCAAAGCCCCAUCGAGGUGCCCCUGGCUCUUAAUUACGACUUAACUUUACUCCUCAUAUUUUAGGACACAUUUUCCGGCAGUUUUUACGGACAUGGAGUGUCAUUCUCAUUAAAACGACAGGAAGUUUCUUUGGCUCGGUAAAUGUAUCUAUUUUCGAUCUAAUGAUGUAACGUUUAAGAUGUGUUUAAGAAAACAAGUUUUCUAUUCUAUUCUAUUCUAUUCAAGAGUCACAACUGACUACAACUGUAUUCAUGUCGAGGACUGCAUACUAAGUGCCUUGCCUCCAUUAUUUUAUAUACCGAUAGAUGGCAGCACCAUCACCGGAUCGAACAGUUAAUGAGAAUUUAGAACUAGUCCAAGAGCUAAUAGCUGCCUGGUACUAGCACCCCCAGAGGUAUCGUUUCACUUGGAGGACAUUGAGACCACGAGCAUAUUUAACGUCGCCCAGUCCCCUUUAAUGACGACGGUGGGUCUUCGACCAGCGGGGAUCGAACCCGAGCCCCUCCGGCCCCGAGUCCAAUGCCCUACCGAUCAGGCUACCACGGCCUAAAACAAGUUUUACUCAUAGAUUUCGUUUGCUGAAGGUAAUGUUGAGCAUUACCGUAACUGAUUUUGCAACGACUGCGAAGACAACAAGAUUGCAGCUGUUGGAACAGAUUGUUAAUUCUUCUACAAAGUUAUUUCUUAAUAAAUUCAUUUUG